AUGGUGGAGGUCACGGUGGAGGUUUAUGGAGGUGGAUUGGGUGGUGGACAUGGUGGUGGUCAUGGAGGAGGUUUUGGUGGUGGACACGGUAGUUUUUCUGGUGGUCAUGGAGGUAUUAGUGGUGGUUAUGGCGGCGGCCAUGGCCAUUCUGCUGGUGGUUCAGCUCUUCAAACUUUGGCUAUAAUUGAUGAUCAUCAUGGUGGAGGCAUUAGUGGAGGCUAUGGGGGUUCUUCUCAUGGUGGGGGAGGAUAUUCUAGUGGAGGACACGGAGGAGGAUUUGGUAACGGCGGACAUGGUGGUGGUGGACACGGUGCCGGUGGUUAUCCUGGCGGAAGUGUAGGUGUCGAAACCAUAGCAAUUACAAAUAAUCAUCUUGACAGUGGAAGUCACGGUGGUGGAUAUGGAGGUUAUAGCGGGGGUGGACAUAGCGCAGGAGGCCAUGGUGGUGGAAGUUACUCCGGUGGCAGUAGCUAUUCAAGUGGCGGCGGAUUCGGCCACAGUGGCGGUGGAGGAUAUUCAGGUGGAUUUGGUGGUUCGGGACAUGGAAGUGGAACUGAUAUAUCACAUAUUGUUGCAAUUGCAAGCGGCUCUAGUAAUGGACAUGGAGCCUCUGGACAUGGUGGUGGAAGCAGUUCUUAUGGCGGUGGAGGCAGUUCCUAUGGUGGUAGUUUUGGCGGAACUGGCGGUGGUGGUGGCGGAGAUUGGUCAUCAACAGGAUCAGGUGGAUGGCAAGGUAGUGCAAGCUCAAAUUCGGGUGUAUGGGCAAACCCACCAAGUAGUGGCGGCAGUAGUAGCAGCAAUAGUGGUUAUAGUUACCCAACACCACAUUAA